AACGAUUUUCUGGUGUGAAUGAAACUGAUUACAGAGUGUAUUUAUUGGGAAAUCCUGUAAUUUGGUUGGCUAACUUGUUUUGUCUAUGUGUAUACAUUCUAUUAGCUUGUAUGUAUGCUGUUAUUGCAAAAAGAGAUGUAACAGAGAAACUCAGCAUAGAAAGCUUGAAAGAAAAAUUCCUCUUCUCAUGUAAUUGGUUUUUAUGUGGUUGGGCACUACAUUAUUUUCCUUUUUAUUUGAUGCGCAGAGUUCUGUAUUUCCAUCAUUAUUUUCCAGCAAUGCUUUAUAGCAGUAUGUUGUCAGGUAUAUUGAUUGACCAUAUUUUAUAUCGACUUGAUUGGUAUUUUAAAUGUCCUGUUUAUAAAGUAUCUUUUAUGGGAAUAAUUUUUGCUAUUUUCUUCAGCUUUUAUUUGUUUUGCCCUUUAUCCUAUGGAAUGCAUGGUCCAAUGUCUGAUAAUAUUAACAGUACAAUGGCAAGUCUGAAAUGGAUGGAGUCAUGGGAAAUAUAAAGAAUUAAAAAACUGUACAAUUUUCAUUCAUUAUGGAUUACUUGGAUGUAUGUAUGUAAAGUUGAUGUAUUUGUUAGGAUUUAAACCUUGCACUGAGUGAAAUUAAAAUUGUUAACACAA